GUGAAACACAUUCUUCGCCAUCUUACAUGUUGCAACACAGGAAAAACAAAACAUAACUUUUUAUCCAUUUCCUUGUGUUAACAACGCAUCGAACUCAAAUAUAAUACAACACCGGCGACCUUUUAAGGCCCAAUUGCGUAUAGACUGCACAGUUCAAAAUGUAACCGUUUGCAAUUUGCACAAAAAGGAAAAAACGAGAAGCAAAACAUGGUCGAUCGGACGAGCAGCCUUUCGUCUCCGAAUCGUAUCGGUGAUUCGAUGCGUGAAAUUAAAGUGUGUCUGUUAGGGGUAGGUGAAGUGAUGUAUUUAAAUAUUUUAUUAAAUGUUGUUUAACUUAAUGUGAGUUAUGUUUUUAUAUGUAAGGAUACUGGUGUUGGCAAAUCAUGUUUGGUGUUGCGAUUUGUGUCAGAUCGAUUUGACGAUAGAUCUAAACCGACUAUUGGGUGAGUAAUGUAGUAUUAAUGUAAAUUUUAUAUGUUUAGGAGGAAGAUGGGUUGAUUCAUAAACGUAGUUGUAGCUUAAUAUAUAAGCCUUGUUAUUAGAAGUUUGGACUUUGUAUUAAUCAAGUUUUAUAUAUUCAUUAAUUGUGUCUUAGAAUUUAAUUAUAAAUUAUCACUGGUCCAUUUACAUUAAUACAUACAAAUAUAAUAGAAAAGUUCAAGGUUACAAUUACCCACAGGGAUUUGCCAGGCCGAUUUAGAUCCACAUGAAUGAUAUUCCAAGCAUACGUCUGGUAAACGUCAUGUGACAACAACAUUCAUUGAAUGUCAUUCAUCAUUAACAUUUAGCAAUUGAAAUACAAAAUUGUCCUGGCAGAUGGCAAAAUUCAAGUCCCAAUGAACCCCAAUAGGUUAUUCUUUGUUAUUUUUAUUCUGCCAUCAAGGGGAAAAUGUUGGGUUUUUAUGGUUACUUAUUAAUAGUAUAAUAAAGACUAUGUUCACACACAAACGGUGCAGAAAAGUCACAAUUAACCGUUAUGUUCACACCAAGCCGGAGCAAAAUUGUUUGAAAACGUCACCUUUGCCAUAACAAUUUGAGCACGGUUUCUAAACAGAGCAAGAUGAAAAUGAUCCGGUGGCUUCGUGUGAACACAAACUCUGUUACCUUUUUGUAUCGCUUGUGAACCAAGCAUUUUAGGCGAGGUCUCAAAAUACUCAAAUGCUUUUCGUUCAAAUUUCUUUGCUGUAUUUUAAAUAGUUUGGGUUUACAUGAGUGCUAAAUUAAUUUGUAAAAAACUGUUUAACGGUGUAGUACGAGCACACAUAAAUUCUGCCAGCAUUAAUUUGCUCUGGUGUAUAAAUAGGAACAUAUAGUCUAAGUCUGACAUAAAGAUUCUAAAUUGUUGUAGUGCAUCGUUUAUGUCGAAAAUGUUUGUUGCUGAUGAACAAGUGUAUAAAUUUCAAAUAUGGGAUACCGCUGGUCAAGAAAGGGUGAGACUGUUAUAAUAUAUGACAUCACUACAACAAAAAAAAUCAUUAAAUAUUACCCAUUUUGAAAUUAGUUUUCAUGACCUAACAAAUAUCUCAACUUAUAUAUUUCAGUAUCGAAGCCUAGCACCUUUAUAUUACCGAGAUGCCAGUGCAGCCAUUGUGGUGUACGACAUAACAAACCAGGUGCAUUAGAAGACCCAUCCGGAAAGUACAUAAUUUGGCUGUAGAGCCUCGUUUUCAUGUUUUUGAGGGGCUUGGAUUUAACUAAUCUCACAUACACGAAAAUGAGGCUCUAUAAGGCGUAAAAAAAAUACCCGUGGUUCCGGUUUCAUAUCAUGAAAAAAUUAGGGUUGGUAGGUCGGAAAUAAAUUUUUCUUUUGAAUAUUUUUUUCAUGGUUUUUUGCUGGGCGAUUUGCAGUAGAGUCCCGACAUCAAUAUUAACUAGAGAUGCGUAUUUCCUACAUGGACGAAUUUAGGCAAUUUGGUGCAAUAAUUAGUGUGACAACAGACGCCAUUUUGGCAUGCUGUAUGAGCAGUCCGCAACCACCUGGAGAAAAUAGGGUCGCGUGGUCAAUCACAUUGAAGAAAUAAUAGGGUCGGCAGAAAAAAAAUAGGGUCGGUCGGGAACCGGAACCACAGGUAUUUUUUUUUACGCCUAACCAAAUGACACACUUUUUGCAAGGGUGAAUUGCGAAUGUUUGCUUUAAGUGAGAGAGCCAAACCUAAUAUAGAGCUCAGUGACUGAAUUCUAAAAUCUCAUUACAGGGUAGUUUCUAUGCCCUUCAAGACUGGAUAAAAGAAAUUAAACGAUAUGGGCCAGGCGAAUGUGUUGUAGCAAUUGCUGGCAAUAAAUGUGACUUGCAAGAUCAGAGAGAGGUAAUCAACAAUUGAAAUAUUUUAUAUGUAGAUUAUGUCCAAUUGCUUGAGAACUGUGAGAGAUCACAUUGGAUACAUUCCCCAUGGCCACAAAUUUGAAAGCAAAAGAUCUUGAAAGCAAAGAUCAGACUUAAAUGGAUUCCUAGGAUUUAAAGUUAAUUUUAUAUAUUGGAUGAAAUAUGUUGUGAUAUGCAGUGUUAUUCAUCUAUUUUCUUGUAGAUAUCAACAGAGAGUGCUAGGGAGUAUGCAGAAAGUGUAGAAGCUAUUUUUGCAGAAACAAGUGCAUUGUCUUCAAGAAACGUCCAAGAACUUUUUUUAGAAAUUAGUAAGUGUCAAAUACUUCUGGAUUGGCGGGCUUUUAUUUAUUACGAUUUGUAUAUUAAACUGAUUUACUCCGCUGCUUUUUCUAGGCCGAAGAUUACCACAGCCCAAUUACGAGAAAAAUACUCUGCCAACUCUUUCCGAACCAAACGUUGAAAGACAAAAAACGUGUUGCUAAUAAGCAGUUUAAUGAGUAAUGUUGUAGCAUUUAAUAAAUUUAGAAUUUUAGGUUGGUCAAAAGCUACAUAACGUUUACACAAGCAAAAUACAAUACCAUUAUGAUAUGAUUUGUAUGGUCAGAUAGCCUUUCUAAUUGACAAUAAUCAGAUGGGGAACAUUUUAACGACUUCAAAUGAAGGCUUAAUAGCUAUGCCGUAUUAUAAUGGUGUUGUUAAAUUAAAUAGACAAAUUUGUCUAUCAGCCAUGUAUCAGCCAUGUGUAUAUGGCCAAUACAGCUCAAUCAUGCAGCUAAUCCAUAUUUAUGACCUUUGCCACCCUAUUCAUAUUUUAUGCUCCAGCUGAUCAGUCUAAUAGGCCAUGGCAGAUGGUGCUCAAUUUCAAGGGUGUUUAAACCAUAGAUGCAUUUUCAGAUUUUUCUCUGGAAGGUGCCAAAAAUUUAAGGGGGAGACCAGCAACGGGGCAUGUAGUGCUGCCAAACAAGCUGCAGCAGGAGUCUGGGGGUACAGUUGCUAAGGGGGGUAAGGGGGCGAAGCCAAAAUCUUUGUUCUUAGUCUUGUUUAGUUCAAAAUCCUUAUUUCAAUCACAUUUCAAAUCCAUUUUUCUGGGGGAAGCAAAUUUCUCUAGGUGGGGUUGGAAAACUUUCAUAGGGGGUGCAAAUUGUUUUGGAGGGUGCACCCCCUCCCAGAAAAUCUGUCUAUGGUUUAAACUUUAAUAUACUAAUAUAGGAGCACAAAAAUUAAGCUAAAUCUCUUAUAAGCUUGCCAUGAACUACAAGGCUAUCAAAUCAAACAAACAGUGGAAUACUAUCUGUCUAAAACUGUUUUAUAUCAUGCACUCUUAUUAAAUAUUGUAAUAUGUUGUUAGAUAUAGUAAUUUGUAUACGGUAGUUAAUGAAGUUCCAUUAAUAAAAUACAAAUUACCGUACAGUACUUUUAAAUAUAAUAUGUUUGUUUCUUGUUGUUGUAUAUUUGUAGAAUUUGUG